UUAUGAUUUUAAAAUAUUGCACUGAAAGUUUUUGUUUUGUAAAAAUAUUAAGUGGAUAAUAUAAAAUAUAUUGUGAAAUUUCAUUGGACUUAUCAAGAUGAAAUUGAAUACAACACUUCUAAUAUGUUUAUUUUUUUCAUCAAUAAUUGCCAUUAAGGCCUCCAGAAACGACGAAGAUGGCGACGUGGACGAGACAUUCGAGAUAUCAAUGGAACAAAACGAAGAUAACCAAAUAGACGAGGAAACGAACGGUGCAGACGGCGAGAUCGAAAUCGAACAGAAUCAAUGUGUGGAAUUUAUGCCCAGCGAUAGACUGGCGUUGGUGGAGCGUAGUCUGCCGAAAAAUAAGAAGGCGUUCGUAGGUGAUGGCAUGGCGAAAAAGACGUUGUGUAAUACGUUUAAGGAGUCGAUGAAAUCGAGAGCUGCGACGAACGGUUUGGAAAACCUGGAACGUGAGUGGCUAACGAUGAUCGCGGGCCCGGAAGCGGAGCGGUUGGUCGACACGUUCGGCGGGAACUUCAAGAAGUUCGUCACGUCGCCCAACGGCGCGGAGAUGGCCAACACGGUGACGUCCACGUUGCACUCGUUGUUGGCGAGGGCCGGCGCCGAGACCCGGCACUCCGGACUCGGCGAAGUCAUCUCAAUGAUCAUUUCGCUGUUCCGGUCACCGGAAAUGCCGGAAAUCGUGAACCUCACGGGCGGACUGAUCAUCUCGGCCGUGAACAAAGAAAACGGGUUGGCGGUCAUCCACCAGUUUUGGGUAGAAGUCCAGAAACUGUUGGACGUGAAGAACGUCAACCGUAAGGUGCAGACCGCGUUCGACAAUCUGUUAACCACGAUGAACGAGUUGGCCAAAAAGCAGCCCAGGAACAAAAGCGCUCCGGUCUAGAACUAAUAUUACGCUCGUCCCGCAUACGUUCUUCUAGCCGCCGUACCCACCCAAACACAUAAGCACGUCACGCACACGCACUCAGAAACACUAACGACAAACGUCAAAUCCGAUCAUGCAUUGGAACUUUUACGUAUCUACCAUGUACGGUGUGCAGUGGUCAUUUUACAGUUAGAUAAAAUAUCAAUCAUGCGAAUCACCGUUUUCAUCAUUCUCAUUUGUCAUUACUAUUAUAUUUUGAUUUUUUUUCGUA